AUGCUAUCGACAAUUUUUGGGAGCGUGUGCUCCUUAGAUUUAAAAAUUGAUGCAGAUGAAAAUAAAAAGUUCGCCUUUCUAAGAAAAGAUAAGAAGGGAGAGAAGUGCCCAAUAUUUUCAGACGGAGAAGAUAUUAACGGAACAGCAACAAUAAGUCUAAAGCCAGGAAAAAAGUUUGAACAUUAUGGUAUAAAAUUAGAAUUAAUUGGACAAAUAAAUAUAUUAAAUGAUAAAGCCAAUUCUUAUGAUUUUUUUUCUAUAUCAAAAGAUCUAGAACCUCCUGGAUUUUUAGUAGAAAGUAAACAAUUCAAAUGGAAAUUUUCAGCUGUCGAUAAACAACAUGAAUCUUAUUUUGGUACAAAUGUUCAACUAAGAUAUUUUGUUAGAUUAAAUAUAAUUAAAGGAUAUUCUGGUAAUAUACAAAAAGAAAUUGAUUUUAUUGUUCAAAAUUUGUGUAUACCACCCGAAAUUAAUAAUACCAUUAAAAUGGAAGUAGGCAUAGAAGAUUGUCUACAUAUUGAAUUUGAAUAUGAUAAAUCCAAAUAUCACUUAAAAGAUGUUGUUGUUGGAAAAGUUUAUUUUCUUCUUGUAAGAAUUAAAAUUAAACACAUGGAAUUAGAUAUUAUAAAAAUGGAAACCUCUGGGGUAGGCAAAAAUUAUACUACAGAAACUGUUACCUUGUCAAAAUUUGAAAUAAUGGACGGUUCUCCAAUUAAAUCGGAGUGUAUUCCUGUGAGAUUAUAUCUAAGUGGUUUCGAUCUAACUCCCACUUAUAAAAAUAUUCAAAAUAAAUUCUCGGUCAAAUAUUAUAUUAACCUCAUAAUAGUGGAUGAGGAAGAAAGGCGUUAUUUCAAAAAGCAGGAAAUUUUCUUAUGGCGAAAAAAAAUGGGUUAA